GCCUCAUUUGAACUCUGUAGGGUUGGGAGAGACACACACGCUGUGUAUAUACAUAGUGAUAGAGAGAGGGGACCGGCAGCGAGACAGGAGCUGGGGAGAGUUCAGCACAGGAGAAACAGGCAGGGAGAGGGACAAAGAGACACUUAGCAACAGGGAUCAGCUUGGGAACAAGUGAGAAGCACGAGGAAGUUCUGCUGCCCAUUCAGGCAUCUGCCCUUUGACUUGCACCCCUGCACCACCCUGGCUCACCUAGGUGAUCUCUCCCCUCCUGCCCUCUCCCCCCAACCGGCAAUGAACGGCCCUGUUCCUUGCCCGACCCCCGUGGAUCCACCUGCGCCUCCUCAGGCUCCUCCCACACUGGAGGCUUAUGCUCCACCUCCGCAGACUCAGGGGGCCGACGAGAUUUCCCCCUCGACAUCUCUCAUUUCAGGCUCGGGCUUGCUGCUUGCUCGUUCCCUGCUUGGCUGUCGGAACUCUCACUCCUCUCCUACUUCGUGUUCUUCUCCCUGCAAUAUCCGGCGGCGGCGGGAAUUCACCCCAGAUGAGAAGAAAGACGACUGCUACUGGGACAAGAGACGCAAGAACAACGAGGCCGCAAAGCGCUCAAGAGAGAAGCGCCGGGCGGGGGAUCUUGCCCUCGAGGGCCGUGUUAUUGCCCUUCUUGAAGAGAAUGCCCGACUCCGUGCCGAGCUCCUUGCCCUACGUUUCCGCUUUGGCCUGGUACGUGACCCUUGUGAAGAAACCCGAGGAGGCUACUCAACCCAGUGUGGCCUUCACGAGCCUCCACCGGCCAACCCACCCCCACCGCCUCCUCUACCCCAUUCGGAAGACUCUGGUUUCUCUACCCCAAGUGUGGGCAGCCCUGUUUUCUUCGAAGACCGAGUUCCAGAGCAUGAACCUGCCCCAAUGCCUCACUCGGCUCUGACGUAUUACGGUACCAUUAAUGCAGAAACUGUGGAGAACCCUCGUGGGAGACUGGAGACCCUCGGGGAUUGUUAUAAGAGCCUCCCACAUAAGCUGAGGUUUAAGGGAGGUGUCCCCGGUGAGGAGGGGACACAUAGCAUAAUGCAAGUGCCAAGGGAAACGGGUGGCUUUGCUCCUGAGACACCUACAGGGUUCCCACAGCAGCCCCCACCCUGCCCUCGCGGGCGAUGGAUGCCCCACAGCCAAGAUGGAGUACCCCCGGCCGCCUCUGACAGCUCCGAGCUCCGAUCCCAGCUUGCUUCACUUUCCGCAGAGGUGGCACAUUUAAAAAGAAUUUUCUCGGAGCAGGUAGUGGCCCGCGGGGGCCACGAAUGAAGCCGUUGUGCAGAUGGAGCAACGACCCAGGCGCUGGCAGCUAUGCCUAAUACUGCGGCACUAGGGAUGCCAUUUUGACAGGUCACAUGAACACUUUCCAUGCCAAGCAUUACAGCACCGACGACCUAGUGUUGUCGUAUCCCAUUCGCUGUUGUGUCAUCGCUUUCUGGAUGAGAGACAGGUAGCAAUGCGAUGAGCUCAUACGGCUUCUCCGAGGCAUUUGGCAUCAGUGACCCCGUUGUCUGUUCGGCUGCCAAAAUCCUUCAGCGGGACUGCUGUGCUCCUGGCUAAAGUGCCGCCCGUGCCACACACACUGUGACCUCUCUGCCUCCUCGCAGAACUGUUUGUCGUUUAGGUGCUAAUGUGAUAUUGUCAGGACAUGGGCGCCAUGUUGGCGAGAUGGAGGGGGUGUAUAUACAUAAUCAUUUGUACAUACUGAUUGUGCUGAGAGGGAAACGCUAGCUUGAACACACUGGAGGUUAUUUAUUGAAGGGAUCUGCUCGUACUUUGUAACGCAAACAAACCAACACUCGUCUGAGCCAGAAGCCAUCGCAGUGUUGCAUUGGCACCUCGGUAGGACAGCAUAGGCUGAAACUGUCUCCAUUGUAGUGUGAGGUAGCCUUGCCCUGUGCGCUGCCCUUGGCUAAGCCCUGACCCCUCUGUAUGAAAGUAUUGAACAACGUGGCCCUCGAUUCAGUGGAUGGAAAAGGUGGCGCCGAGCUACCGGUGUGAGCAAGAAGCUGUUCCAAUAGGGCUACAUUGUGAGGCUGCAGGCCUUGUUUUCUCUGUGAUGUUUCCUACAAGGGGUAACAGUGACCUUCCACAAUUAUAGAGUAAUGUAUUUGCUAUAAGGUCCCUGUAUCCACUUUCACCCUACAAUGUAACUCUCCUAUGGCCAAGUUACCAAUCUACCUAGUUGGGCCAUACUAGACUGAUGAUCUACCUAGUUGGGCCUUACUAGACUGAUGUUCUACCUAGUUGGGCCUUACUAGACUGAUGAUCUACCUAGUUGGGCCUUACUAGACUGAUGUUCUACCUAGUUGGGCCUUACUAGACUGAUGAUCUACCUAGUUGGGCCAUACUAGACUGAUGUUCUACCUAGUUGGGCCUUACUAGACUGAUGAUCUACCUAGUUGGUCCAUACUAGACUGAUGAUCUACCUAGUUGGGCCUUACUAGACUGAUGUUCUACCUAGUUGGGCCUUACUAGACUGAUGUUCUACCUAGUUGGGCCUUACUAGACUGAUGUUCUACCUAGUUGGGCCUUACUAGACUGAUGAUCUACCUAGUUGGUCCAUACUAGACUGAUGUUCUACCUAGUUGGGCCUUACUAGACUGAUGAUCUACCUAGUUGGUCCAUACUAGACUGAUGUUCUACCUAGUUGGGCCUUACUAGACUGAUGAUCUACCUAGUUGGGCCUUACUAGACUGAUGUUCUACCUAGUUGGGCCUUACUAGACUGAUGGUCUACCUAGUUGAGCCAUGCCAUACUAGACUGAUGUUCUACCUAGUUGGGCCUUACUAGACUGAUGUUCUACCUAGUUGGGCCUUACUAGACUGAUGGUCUACCUAGUUGAGCCAUGCCAUACUAGACUGAUGUUCUACCUAGUUGGGCCUUACUAGACUGAUGUUCUACCUAGUUGGGCCUUACUAGACUGAUGAUCUACCUAGUUGGGCCAUACUAGACUGAUGUUCUACCUAGUUGGGCCUUACUAGACUGAUGUUCUACCUAGUUGGGCCAUACUAGACUGAUGGUCUACCUAGUUGGGCCUUACUAGACUGAUGGUCUACCUAGUUGAGCCAUACUAGACUGAUGUUCUACCUAGUUGGGCCUUACUAGACUGAUGGUCUACCUAGUUGAGCCAUACUAGACUGAUGUUCUACCUAGUUGGGCCUUACUAGACUGAUGGUCUACCUAGUUGAGCCAUACUAGACUGAUGUUCUACCUAGUUGGGCCUUACUAGACUGAUGAUCUACCUAGUUGGGCCAUACUAGACUGAUGAUCUACCUAGUUGGGCCUUACUAGACUGAUGAUCUACCUAGUUGGGCCUUACUAGACUGAUGAUCUACCUAGUUGGGCCAUACUAGACUGAUGAUCUACCUAGUUGGGCCUUACUAGACUGAUGAUCUACCUAGUUGAGCCAUACUAGACUGAUGAUCUACCUAGUUGAGCCAUACUAGACUGAUGGUCUACCUAGUUGGGCCUUACUAGGCUGAUGGUCUACCUAGUUGGGCCUUACUACACUGAUGUUCUAGCUAGCUGGGCCUUUCUAGACUGAUGGGCUACCUAGUUGGGCCGAAUUAGAAUGAUGGUCUACCUAGUUGGGCCUUACUAGACUGGUGAUCUACCUAGUUGAGCCAUACUAGACUGAUGAUCUACCUAGUUGAGCCAUACUAGACUGAUGGUCUACCUAGCUGGGCCUUUCUAGACUGAUGGGCUACCUAGUUGGGCCGAAUUAGAAUGAUGGUCUACCUAGCUGGACUUUACUAGACUGUAAGUCAGAGCAGCAGUGUGCUCCUGGGGCCAAUCAGUAUGAAGGAGCUUGCUUUGUGGCUAGACAGACCCAUACUUUAUGUGUAGGUGCCCAGAUAGCCUGCACUGUGAUUGUGUUGGACGCAAUGCUCCACACCAGUACCUCCAAACCAAAGCUGCCUAUUUGCCCCCAACAGGUAUUUGGGUGAGGAUCAGUAGUCGCUCACAGUCCUAGGACCAACGCAGUAUUGGGCGCCACCAGCCGACUGGUGUUUGGGAAAAACAGAACUGCCGACAGCCAGAGAGGAAUUCAUAGGGCUGAAGGAAUAGAACAUACCAUUCUUGUUAAUUACAGGGUAAUACUCACAGGUAUAUCAACCCCACCCACACAGUCAUCAUUUCCACUUUCCAUGGUUCAUGAACCUUCAGUUUUUUACCUGAAUGCUCUUCAGCUCUGUCCAAGGGUGGAACAGUAUUUAUGUAAUCUGCCCCCCCCAUAAAAUAAUGUAAUUCAUAGUGCGGAACUGUACCGCUCACAUGACCUGCACCGGCAGUGCCUUUGUUAUUUGCCAACAUUAUUAUUAUUUCCUGGUUGUCACUGGGCCUUUGCACCAUACAGCCAUUGGACAGUAGGACGUGCCACACCCACCUUGUGUGUAUGCUCCACCCAUCAAAUAGGGGCCCUGCAAAUAGUGGCCCUGACUGAACGGCAGUGGCAGGUAGAGCAGAGCAAGAUGGAGACAAUAGCACAAUAAAGCUCUAGUGGGCCAAGAUGGCGGGAGGAGAACAAAAUGGUAACAAAAGGCCAAGAUGGACUCAGUAACACGUGGUAUUGCUGUUUCUAGGGUUGCCACCUUCAUAACCCCACCCUUCUGGGGGCGGAACGGGUGACAUUGGGGCAGGGCAGCGGAGCACAAAACACACACCGGGGAACCAAACUUGGAUGCCGAUAGGUGUCUGGGGCCUUCGAGACAAAGUCAACAAAUGUGUCUAUUGUGUAUUUGCUGUGAGUCACAUGAGUACACGUGCCCUAUGGCCUUUGCUUAGAGCAGCCGGGAAGUCCAAAGUCAGACAAAAAAAACUCUAAUUUGUGCCAUUUUGGGUAAAGCUUGAAAGCAAAUAUCUGUGCUCAAUAAGAGCUGUUAUUGUGUGGGGACAAGUCUGGAAUGUUUCUGCUGUCUCUCUCUGUCUCGCUCUCUCUCCCGCGCUCUCCUGGUGUUUGUUUUCCCAUGAAUGACCUUCAUUAAUAAAGGAACUGUUUAAAGAA